CAGGUGAUCGUGGAUACAUCGGCGGUUCUUGCGGUACUGUUCGACGAGCCGGACGCAGAGCGUUUCACGAGGGCAAUAGCUGAAGCUCCUCACUGUCGAAUGUCAACGGCGAACUUCCUGGAAGCGGCGUUAGUCGUGGAGGGGCGCGCAGGGUUGGUCGGCGGGCAGGAACUUGACCUCUUCAUCGAAAGAGCGGCGAUAGAACUGGUGCCGGUCUCCAUUGAACAUGCGCAGGCUGCGCGCCGGGCGUGGCGGAGGUUCGGCAAGGGCAAUCACUCUGCGGGCCUGAACUUCGGGGAUUGCUUCGCGUACGCUCUGGCGGAAGUUACGGGAGAGCCGCUUCUUUACAAGGGCGAGGACUUCGCGCUUACGGACGUGGAGUCUGCGUUGUAG